CGGCCGUAUUGCGGUCAUCCGGCAAUUUUGUAGGAAACUCUAUGCAUCCGGCAGGCACAGAAUGCUAGCCAUGGCUGGCCCAACCGUUGGCUGGCCAUGGCAUUUACCGGCAUGGAAAAGAAACUACAGCGUAGCUAUAGGAAGGUCUGGCAACCAGCCACACAUAAACACGCUGCGUUUGGUGUCGUGGUUCGUGGUCAGUUGCGAGCGUCCGGCGCAGGUCUUUGAGCAUGUUUACGGUGCUCGAGCGUUCUUUCGACUCGAAGCAGUCACCGAAGUGCAAGUUAAACUUCCUGGAAGCGUCGCACGCCAACUCUGACUACUUCGGACAGGCCGACUUCACGCCAAAGGUCGUCGCAACCAAAGUUAAAUCGCUACUACAAUCGCAAAAGACCAGCUAUGAUGCAUUGCUACUCCUGGACUGCUACCUCAACACUUUUUCAACUGGCAUUGUACAGACAGAUGCCCUUUUUUGGACACGGUCCAUCAUCCACCUGCUCGCUGGCAAGCGGCCUCGGGGUGCCCAGCGAACAGGCUGGCGUUUGCUGUGUCGCCUGCUCCCUCUUUUGUCUGAACAGCUGAACCGAGAUGCAGCGGGACUGAUGCCUGUGCUUCUGGAACGGCUUCUGGCACACCUCUCGUCACCUACAGAAAGGGAGCCUGACGAAGGCGCCUUGAGGUGCCUGCUGGUCUGCAUGAAGGAGUAUGGCCGACUGAUGGGUUCUGUUCAGGAUGCUUUGGAGAAAACAUUGCUCAGGCUGCUCGUUACCUGGAAUUCACAGCUGGUUCAGGAACUGGUGUGUGAGUGUGUGGCACUACUUCCUUGCUGCCGACGAGCCAGCAGUGGUGGCACCAAAGGCAUAGCUUCUUCCGAAGCCUGGUCUCACCAGCUGGGGCGCCUCAUGGCCACUGUGCACACAGCACUCGACAGCCUCUUCCAGGACUUGCACAUUGACAAGGGGCGGCCCAGAGCAGACAAGGCCGUUCCCUUGGAGGUUCCCAGCUCACCCGAAGAGAGCCACCAGGCUAGCCUUCUGUGCUGGCGCCGCAUUAUGAGCCUCAUGCGAACCAUCAACCUCAUGCUCGUGGGGUCUAGCGUUCACCAACCUGUGCUGGUUCCCGUUGAAGAUGUCCUUGAGCUUGUGUACAGAGUCCUUGGUGCUCACCUUCCAGUCAAGAGCUCCGGUGCCACAGCACAGGCCAACCUUGUUGCAGCCAUCUUGCCCUCUAUUCAACAUGAAGCUGUGCAGCUCCUCAGUCAGCUGAUAUGCAGGCGGCCGGUUGAAACAGCUUCACUGGAACUUGGGUUGCAAUUCUGCAAGGACCAUUCCAAUGACACUGGGCGGCUGCGGCAGGCGUGCUACGCUGCGCUGUCCCUGUGGCUGCAAACCAUCCGCUCUCGACUGGGGCUCAGCUCACUUGUUGAGAAAUUGGUCCCACAUUUGCUGCAGGACAUCGAGCCUGUCGGAGCUGCCACUGUUCAGCUGGCAUCUUCCAGGAAUGGCAGCACAACACCUCAUAAAGACAGAAAUAAAGUUGAUGACAGCUUUAAUCUGGAGUCCUGUGCACAGUUGUGCGAAAAUGCCUUGAAAGCGCUGCAAAGCCUGGUCAAUGCGCAUGGUGCCAUUAUGAAGCCUGAGACAGUGCAGGAGAUACAGUGCAGCGUGGUGACCCUGCUGCUGCGUCUUCAACAGCCGGGCACCCCCCUGCCACAGCCUUAUCGCAGUCCCCGGUGCCGCCGCGCCCUCUAUGCCCUGCUGCUGUCACUGGCAGCCAGUCGAAAUGGCCCACCACCUCUCCACUGCUGUGCAAGGCUCUUCAACAUGGGCCUCAAGGACACGUGCUGCGAGGUGGUCGAGCUGUGCAGCCAGGCUCUGUCGUGCCUGUCCCUGCACCCUCAAGGAUCUGGGCCCACAGGCACAUGGCCGCCGUUGCGUUGCCACCGAGCUGCCUGGGUUCUUGCUGAUGGUGCAUGCCAGACCACAUCUCCGACAUUGGCCAGUGUCGGCUGCCAGGCUCAGUUGCAGCUGCCUCCAUCGUCACCCCGCUCCUCAGCAGUGACUGCUCCACAGCCAAUCAAACGCAAGGCUGCCACAGCUAUGCACUUCCGGACGAAGCGCAUCACUACCCUUGGGCCAAUCUACAGAGCCAGUAACCAAGAGACUGAGGUGCUGUCUGAUGAGGAUGGACAUGAAUACAUGGAUUAUGAAGAAGAGUACGAGGACGCGGAGCUGGAGAAGCUGCAGGCUGCAGAGCCUGUGCAGAUGCGCCGUCCUCCAGUGAAUGGUCAAGGCUUCCACGAGCGCCACCUUGGGUCUACUGUGGGGCCAGGCGCCGGGGGCCGCCCUGCCGGUGGCACCACUGUAUCUGCAAGGCUUGUCCCUGUGGCUGAGGACUCGUCUGAGGAUGAGGAGGGCUCUGAGGAAGACUAUGACGAGGACGAGGAAGAAGGUGACUAUGGCGAGUCUGCUGAGGAACCCUGUAUCGAAGCCAUCGAGCUUGAAAGUGAUGACAUCGAUGGGUCAGGCCUGCCUCCUCCGGAAAAUGAUGGGGCACCAGAGGAAGCAGUAGUUACGGUGCUCGAAGCCUCACACGAGGAAGAGGAAGACCAGGAGGAAGCGGUCGUCGAAUCAGAUGCUACAUUUGCCACUGCAACUGGUGUCACAGAGGCUGCUGUGACUCUUACCGUGACACCAGCCAACAGCCAGCCAAGCAUUGUCGUUGAGGAAGGACCUGCCGAAGAGGAGCAGUUGCCACCGCAGCCUCUGCCCUGCGAGACGGAAGAGGCUCGUGCUGUGGUUGUGCAGGAGCCAUGUGCUGUGGUGGCCGACCCAGGAGCAUCGACUGUCAAAGGGGAAGAACCGGUCGUAGUUGAGAACCACGCUGAGGAAGAAAAGUGUGAGGACUCCAAGCAGGAGGCGUGCGAGGAAACAAAGCCCCCUCCUCCUAGUGAGCCCUGUACAGAGACCACAACGACCAAGCCUACACCGGAAGAGUCAAACAAGGGUGCAGAAACAGCAGCAGAAGGGCCUGGGGUUGCUGAAAUGCUACGGGACUUUGUGGACUGUGAACCUGACGAGUGAAGGCUUGAGAAUGCUGCCUGAUCUCGAAUGGGAGGGCCCCAUUUUUCUUCCUCAUGAUCACCACCAAUCUUUCCCAUCAGUUUUCUCAGCUGACCUCGUCACAUGUUUAUAUUCACAUAUGCAUACACAAGCAGGCAUGUAUGCUUUGAUUUGGCCUGUGUUCUGCCUCUCCAUAUGGAUGCAUAAGCAUUGGUAUGCACAGCUAAGGUUUCCCCAUUUCUGGCAACAUUGUAGACAAUUUCUUUGUCCCUCUGUAUCUGUAAUGUGUGGACAAGCAUGUUUGAGCGAGUUACGAUUAGAAUGAGUCGUUUGUGCGCAGGUGCUUCAAAGUUGCGAUUUUAUUGCGACUCUCCAGCGUGAAAGCAUUGUGGCAGUUUCAUCGGGUGUAAGGGAAUAACUUUCUUUUUCUAUGAGUAAUAAAGUAAACGUUUCAUUCAAAAA